UUUAUUCAUUAUAAUGGAACUGGUGCAAGUGUUGAUCCUGUUUUGCGCCGCAUUAUUGUUGGGAUGCGAGGCCCAAGUGGCCUUUGAAAUCAGGCCAUACCCCAGUGGGGCUUCCCGCAAUGCUGGUUGCUAUUUGAAGGAUCACAACAACAAGUACUUGGCAUUUGGUGAAGUGUGGUCUGUUCCUGGGGAAUGUUCCGCCAUUUCUUGUGAGAGAAGCAUUGCUUUGCCUGAUGGCACUCCAGCAUUCCAGUUGCAGUUCAUGGGAUGCGGGAUGCAAGCCGUGAUGAGGCCAUGUUGGUCCACUGACUUCCGAACCGGGCCGUACCCGAAAUGCUGCCCCAGAAUCCAGUGCCCGGAUGCGGACGGGGACUUGGAGUCCAAUUCCAUCAAUGACAUCUGAAGUCACUCACUCAUGCUCAUCAGUGAUGGUCCAAUUAAAAAGCGACCAGGCAUUUAUCUAGUCUGCUCAUGGGGACUUGCUGGAGACCAAGACAUCGAGAGAGCAUUCCUCACUUAUUAUUCGCUUCUAUACAGUAUAUAUUCGUCAUCGCCGUAUCCCCGCCGGCUUCUUUCUUUCAAUUACCAGUCUCGGCCACUCUACAACUUUACUACUGUGGAUUCUUUACAGUACAGUAUUAUGCAUUGUACAUAUUCAUUAUUGUGCGUGAUGUCCCUUUUAUUAUCGAUCGUCGCGAAAAUACAAUCAGAAAACUCGAGUAUUCCUAUUGAUUGUUGAAUAUAAAUAAAUACUGUAGCAAGCAAA